AUGAAAAAAAGUCUCUUCGUGGUCAUAGAGGGAAUAGACAGAAGCGGAAAAUCUUCUCUGGCGCGCACAUUAAAGAACACGCUGACUGAAAAAGGGUAUAGAGUGCAUCUGAUAAGCUUUCCCAACAGAGAGAACCAAACAGGAAAAUUGAUAUCAAGCGUUCUCAGUGGAGAGAAAGUGCUCGAAAAAGAGGCAAUGCAUCUUCUUUUUUCAGCCAACCGCUGGGAAGACAAGAGCAUAAUUGAGACACUGCUCAGCAGAAACGAGAAUGCUGGCUGCAAUGCCACUCCAUCUGUUAUUCUAUGCGAUAGAUACAUUCUAUCGGGCGUGUCAUACUCCAUGGCCAACGGCCUGUCAGAGAAGUUUUCAUUUGCUUCUGAUAAAGGCAUGAUCGAGCCUGAUCUUACUUUGUUUCUAAAUGUGUCUCCUGAGACAGCAGAGAAAAGAGCGGGAUUUGGAGUAGAGCUGUAUGAAAGAAGAGAGCUCCAAGAGAAGGUCUAUGUGGCAAUGAAGAAGCUCCUCGAGAAGUAUGAGCACAAGCUCAUUCCAUCAAAGUCACAAGAAGAGAUGCAUGCCAUAUCACUGGACUACAUCUUAGAUCUGCUGAAAUAG